AUGCCUGCCAAAGGAGGGACGAGAAGACGGUCCAGCUCGGUCUACAAUCAGUACCAUCCUCCGACGAGCUAUCGUCCCACGCUUCCCCCAGGCCAUGAAGAACCUUCUUCCUUCCCCGACAUCAAGCUUUUUUUCCGCCGAAACAGGAGGAGAAUGCGAUCCCGACAAUUCCUGUUCCUGAUCACGAUCGUGGGACUGUUCGCCGUGUCUCUCUACUGUCUACGUGGCACCACUUUGCCCUCUCUAGCGCCAGAGGUCGCGGAUCUCCUGAAGACGCCUACGCAUACACGUCCACAGUCUGAGAAGCAAGAUGCGCAGCCGAAAUCAGAGCCCCCGAGAGUGGGUGAUUCGCAUCCGAUGUGGCAAUUGAUCAAGGAUAACGAGAUGGAAUUCGAGCGCAAACUCGCGGCGCAAUCGAAGACUUUGCCGGAAGCUGUAGUGGAAUACAAGAGGAGAUAUGGGAUCCCACCGCCGCCGAACUUCGAUAAAUGGUUUGCGUUUGCCAAGGAGAGAGAGGUGGUGUUGAUUGAUGAGUUUGAUAUGAUACACCAUUCUCUUACGCCCUUUUGGGGGUUGAAACCUCAGACGAUAAGGAGACGGACGCAGGAGGCGUUGGGAUUCGGGAAUAAUUUAAUGGGGGUUCUGAUAAGGAAUGGGGAAGUGAGGAAGAUUGGGGAAGGGGGGGCUGCGGAUUGGCAGAUUGAAGCUACGCAGGGGAUGAUGAAGAAUUUUGUUAAGCAUUUGCCUGCUAUGGAUUUGGCAUUCAAUGUACAUGACGAACCGAGAGUUGUGGUUCCCCACGAUGAUCUGGAACGAUUGGUGAAAGAUGCGGUGGAUAAUCAAAUGCCAGCUGCGAAUGCUGUUGAGAAACCUCGAAACUCAUGGUCUCCAAGACCAAAAGACCUGGGGGACGGUUCACGAUUCGAAGAUAUUAAAACUACCCGAUUCAACGUCUUCGCACACCAACCUACAUGGACACAUUCUCGAAUGUCCUGCCCCGCCAAUUCCCCCGCACGCAUAUCCCUUGAAGACGAACCAGCCCGAGAUAACUACGACAGCUAUGCGCUCGGAGAAUUGGGUUUCGUAUACAAUGCUACCGCCUUUUCAGACGUCUGUCAAUCCCCCUCCUUCGGCUCAACAUUCGGAUUCUUUGACCGUCCAAACGCCUACAACAUAGUCCACGACCUCUUCCCAGUUUUCUCCCAAUCCAAAAUCUCCUCCUACAAUGACAUCCUGUACCCCUCUCCUUGGUACUGGGCAGGCAAAGUAAAAUACGACGACAAAAGCGACCGCGCCUGGACCGCGAAAGAAGACAAAAUCUGGUGGCGCGGUUCAACAACGGGAGGAUUCAGUCGAGACGGCGGCUGGCGAAGACAACAUCGCCAACACGUCGUGCAAAAGAUCAACGCCAACGACCAAGCCAAGAUCCUCACCAACAGCAGUCCCGAAGGCGGCCAGGAAAACUGGCAAGUCAAAGAAGUCCCCCGCAGCGACUAUAGCGCCAUCUUCGACAUCUUCUUCUCCCACGUCGGACAAUGCGAUGAAUCCGACUGCAACGCCCAACGGCAAUUCUUCACCAUCAAAGACACGGCCAGGCAAACGGACGCAUGGAAAUACAAGUACCUCCUCGACGUGGAUGGGAACGCGUUCUCGGGGCGCUUCUACGCGUUCUUGAAGAGUAAGAGUUUGGUGUAUAAACUUGCCGUGUUUCGGGAGUGGCAUGAGGAGUGGUUGAAGCCUUGGGUGCAUUACAUACCGCUUUCUCUGCGUGGGGAUGAGUGGGUCGAGGCUGUGAGGUGGUUUGCGGGCGAGGCAACGGGGAAGAAGGAGGCGGAGCGGUUGGCGCUUCAGGGGAGGGAGUGGGCGGCAAAGGUAUUGAGGAAUGAGGAUUUGGAGGUUUGGUUUUUUAGGUUGUUGUUGGAGUAUAUUCCCCCUUUCCCCCUUUCCCCUCUUUCUCACUCGCUUCUCUUAACCUUAUUUUCCUAAUGGGGGUUUUUUUUGGUUUGACGAUAUACUGAUACUAUCUUUCCAUAGGUAUGGAAGACUGGUAGAUGACAACAGGGAAAUAAUCGGGUAUACCGGUGCUUGA